AUGCCUGCGGAUUACCAAUCCACCGUCAGGGCAUUGUCUCUUUCACCCUCUUCUCCGGAUCCCAUACCUUCAUCUCCUAGCAGUGAUGCUCACCCGCCCUGGAGUCGCGCCGGUAGGCGAAGCUCCAUCCGGUUGGGCGGGCAAGCUACAAGCUAUCGCGAACAGAUAAUCCAACGCGGUACAGAGUUAUAUGUCCGUAUGAAUACGAUAUGGGAGGGGAUGACUCCAUUGAAGAAAAUAGCGACUUUCUUCGCUGCUUUAUUUGUGGGCGCAUCCGGUAUCGCGUUCAUGGUGUUCACUGGGAAGUUGUUCAUCUGGCUUGGCCCGGUCGCUGAGAAGUGGGAAACAUCCUGGUUAGCCGCCUUCAUCCUGUGGCUGUGUGUCUUUUUUGUCUCAUUCCCCCUCUUGUGGGUUGGUCUACAUUUGGGACUGUGGCUGGUUUUAUAUUUGGUGUAUGGAAAGGGUAAGAGAUCGAUUCAUGUUUUUUAUUAUUAUUUAACCUGCGAAAACAAUGAAAACGGAAGGCUAACUCGAUACUUAUUUUAUAGAUGGCUGAUCUACGCUUCCGCAACAGUUCUGGGGUCGACUGUCUCGUUUUAUGUUUCGCGGACAAUUCUAUCUGGAUUCGUCAAACGCCUUAUGGAACAUGACAAGAGGUUCGCUGCAUUGGCCCUGACAUUGAAGUAUGAUGGGCUCAAGCUUCUUUGUAUGAUCCGUUUAUGCCCGCUGCCCUACUCGAUCUGCAACGGAGCUGUGUCCACAUUUCCUACGGUGCAGCCAUUGAUGUAUGGACUUGCGACGGCUAUCAUCUCUCCCAAAUUGUUGGUCCCUGCGUUUAUUGGUAGUCGAAUUCGUCUGCUCUCCGAGAAGGGCGAGGAGAUGAGUGCGGGAUCCAAAGCCGUAAACAUCUGCAGUAUUAUCCUUACAGUCGGUAUUGGAAUCUUUACCGGGUGGUAUAUAUACCAAAGGACUUUGGCUCGCGCCAAAGAGCUCGAAGCCCAAGAGCGUGCGGAUAUCCGGGAUUCUCUCCAAGCUGAUCAUGCGGCGCACCGCCCUCAUGGUCGGUUUUCGGAAGAUCCUGAUGUGAACAAAGCCUCUACUACUCUUGCAAGAGACGAAGAAGAGCGAAUUGGAUUCACUGAUUUGGACGAUGACAAUGUUGACCUGAUCUUGGGUGACGAUAGCGACAGUGACCAGCCGGGGCCUUGGAAAAACUCGACCAGGAGAUCAUAUCACGAUGAGUUCACCGAUAAUGACUCAGAUGGGUUCGCAGGGGAGGAUGAGGCAUAUGGUCUGCACACUCAUGUUCAAAACUAGAUAACCCAAAUAAAUAAAGUAGAUC